AUGAACGAUAUUAAAUCAUUAUCAAGUAGUAAAGGUAUUCCAAUGAUUUACUAUGAUGGUUAUAUUUAUACACUGUGCAGAAUGACAGACGAAAAAAUGAUUUUUCAAUGUGAAGAUCGUGAUUGUAAAGGUAGAUGUCAAUGUCAUACAAAUUUAAAAAUGAAUAUAUUUGUACAGCAACCAAGUAAUCAUUCUCAUGUAUCCGAUCCAAAUCGCUAUCAUACUGUUAAAAUUAAAAAUGAUAUCAAACAACGAGCUGAUACUACAGAUGAAAAAACAAGUAUAACAAUACACGAUGCCAUGCGUACAUUUUCACUGAAUGCUGUUAAUCUAUUACCAACUGACGAAACUUUAGCCAAAACAAUAAGACGCCGUCGUCGACCAUCGAUACUCCUUGAUCCAAGUAGUCGAUUACCACAAUCAUUGAGGCUAACUGGUAGAGAUGAAAGUUUUGCCUUAUAA